ACACACAUUUAUUUUGAAAGUCGAAACCGGAUGUCCCCUGCUCCAUCGUAUCGAACUUGAUGCCGUUUGUCUGCGGGUGACGUGCUUUUUCGCCGAAGUGUCGCCCAUUGUUUAACUCCCUUUGGUAGUGGUCGGGUUAUUUUAACCUGAGAUCCUUUCGCGAGCGUUACAUCUAUGUUGUUCAUUACUGCGUUGCCACUGGCGUUCAUUUUGCCCUGGGAAAAUUUAGCUAGUUAGCUAGUUCGUGCCGAGCGCUCUUUUUUUGUUCGGUUGAGGUGAAAACAGCUGGACUUGAUGCUUUCACGGAGCCUAACGUUACACCGGGGCCUCUCUGCGGGAUAGCUGAACUUGGCUCGCUGUGAGCCCCCUCCAUCUUCAAGACCCCCCUCGAGGCGAACCCGUUAGCCGGCGGCCAACAUCCCCGAAGCCGCUUCCAGUCUUUUCCUGUUCCCGUAUCCACCAUGGAGACCGCUCAGGUGACUUUUGCUGUCCGAGGCGAAACAUCCCCAGGGGAGGUGAUUGCAGUUGUUGGUAGCUGUGAGGCCCUGGGGAGCUGGAACUCUCAAAAUGCCACAAUAUUACACCCUGAUGGGAGUGAUGGAAACACAUGGACUACAACCGUCUUUGUGCCUAAAGGAGCUGUGUCCAUGUACCGCUACCUCAAAGGAUUCUUUCUGCAGUCAAAGAUUUCAACAAGGGGGACUGACUGCCCCGGGUGGGGAUUGGUGACUAUGCCAGCUCUAAAUCCUUUCUGACACUCUAGUCCAACAGCGGCUUUGACAUGAGAGUGAAAAGUAUAGCAAUGUAUCUGAUUUGAAAACCCUAACAUUGUACCAAACAUUGGAAUUGCAGAGUGCAGGGGGUCCCUGUCAAGUGAUAGUCAAUAUGUGGGAGACCCAUCAACAGCCCCGCAUGAUGAGCCCCACAGCGUCACACCAAACUAUUGACGAUGGACAAUUUGGAAUUCACAAUGGGGUGAACUGUGUUGACUCUGGGUGGCUCACAUGCCAGACAGAGAUUCGCCUGCGUCUGCAUCAUUCUAAGAUGCCGCCGGUGUCCAUCACCAAGAAGAAAUACAAGAGGUCUCGCUUCAGAAUCAAGCUGACAUUGGAAGGAUUUGAGGAGGAGGAUGAGGAUGAGGAGGAAGGUGUGCAUAGUCCUUUAUCUUUGCACAAGGAGACCACCACGCUGGAGAUCAGUAUGAUCAGUGCCAACGGCUACAAGUCGCGCCACUCUCAGCCCGAAUGUGGCUACGCACUGGAGCCCUCCCAGUGGACCGAGUACAGCAUCCACAGCAUGGACCCCUACAACCUAGAGCUCACCUUUGAAUUCUUUGAGGAGGAUAUGAGUGUACACGUAGUCCAGGGGGAUGGUCAUCCAGGUUAUGUGGGCACAGCUUGCCUCCUCUCCUCCUCUUUCUCGGAGAGCGGGAAGGACUACGGAGUUGCCACACUUCCCAUCAUGGGUCGAAAUUCGAGACAGACCAUCGGGAAAGUCAGAGUGGACUACCUGGUGAUCACGCCCAUCCAGGGGUUGCAAUGUGACAUGAGCUCCUCCUUCACCAAGUACUGGAAGAAAAGAAGAACUCUGAAUGUGGGACACAGAGGGGCUGGAAGCACACAUGCAGCCAAGCACCAAAGAGUCAGGGAGAACACAAUAGCUUCAUUCAAAAGCGCUGCCAACCAUGGGGCUGCCUACGUAGAGUUUGAUGUUCACCUCUCCAAGGAUGCUGUCCCCAUUGUUUACCACGAUCUGACAUGCUGCAUAUCCACAAAGAAGAAAAAUGACAAGAAGUCUCUGGAGCUUAUUGAGGUGCCAGUCAAAGACUUGACAUUUGAUCAGCUGCAGCUUCUGAAGCUGGUCCACGCCACUGCCAUUAAAGAAUACGAUGACAACGAUCUGCUGGAUGAGGAGGAGGAAAUCGACGAGCAUCAGCCAUUCCCUUCUCUAUCGCAGAUCUUUCAAGCCAUUCCUGAGCACGUGGGCUUCAACAUUGAGCUCAAAUGGAUCUGCCAGUCGAAGGACGGGUCAUGGGACGGCAACCUGUCGUCCUACUUCAACAUGAACACCUUCCUCGACACCAUCCUGUCCUGCAUUCUGCAAAAAGGGGGGAAAAGACGCAUCGUCUUCUCCUGCUUCGAUCCGGAUAUCUGCACCAUGGUGCGUCGAAAGCAGAACAAGUACCCCAUCCUCUUCCUGACUCAGGGAAUUUCCGAGAAAUAUUCUGAAUUGAUGGACAUCCGCUGCCAGACCACUCAGAUCGCCAUAAGUUUCGCCCAGAGUGAGAAUAUUCUGGGCAUCAGUGGCCACACCGAGGAGCUGCUAAAGAACCUGUCCUACAUCGGGGAUGCCCAGUCCAAAGGCCUGGUGGUGUUCAGCUGGGGAGACGACAACAACGAGCACGAGAUCAGAAGGAAGCUGAGAGAGCAGGGCAUCGACGGGCUCAUCUACGAUAGUAUCUGUGAGGAGCAAGGAGAGCAAAACAUCUUUCAGGUAGAGGAGCAGCACACGCUGCAGGAGGUCAUUACCGAUGAGACCCGUAAAAGCUCCUCCUGCUCCUGCUACUCCUACUCCAUCCCCUGCUCCAUGAUUCCCUGUGGGGCCUCCAAGGACCGCAUCGGCAGCGCGGAGUCCGACUCUGGCCUCAGCUCCUCGUGAAUGGAGGAGGUCUUCGAGGACCGCGGGUAGGAACGGGUGAACAAAAAAAAAAAGAAAAAAAACAUUUAGAUUGAAUCAUCGUCACGAUAUUCAUAAUUUCUUUACCUCUGCGAUACUUAAAUCACAAUUGUAAAACCACUUAAACCAUCUACACUCUGUCUCUGUCUUGCAUCUUCACUCAAGUUUUGGUUAUUUAUGCUCUCUAUUGAAAUACGUGCAUGUUUUGCCAAAACAUUAAGGCAGCCAUGUUUUUUUAUUUUACCGGUGUAAAAGUGUAACCGCGAGUUGUCUGUUUAUGAUGAUGAUUUUCUUUUCUGUGCAUGUAGCCAUUACCCUCAGUGUUAUUCUUGUCUCAAAUAGCAACUGAUAGCUAUUUCGGGUUCAGCACUGAAAUAAUUUGGUGGUGCGGUGGGGGGGGGUGCAGGGUGCCAUUUAAGAAACACUCUCCUCAACCUGCAUGAACGAUUUAUUUCAUUUUGAGUGGACUGUUGUAAGCACUUCCUUCUCCUCUACAUGCUGCAUACUGAAUGUGCGAUAUCCUUUUAUUCUUAUCUUGAUUUUUUUGGGGGGGGGGGGGGGGGGAGCAUAAGAAUGUUUUAUUUGUGACCAUGUGCACACAGUACAUACCACAGCCUUAAAGGGGGAGUAAAUAAAAUCAGGUCUGUUUCUGUGUUAACACCGCCAAUACCUCACUCAUCUUCUCUUAGAAUAGACUUAAGAUGUGUGGACAGAAUGAACACAUAGUAUCCUUCUCUCCGAUGAAUCCUUUUUAACUUCACGACGCCCAUGCGUUUUACUGCAUGAAAGAUCAUGUUUUGAUUACGCUUGAAAUAAUUGAUCAUUUGCAUAUUGAUAUGAUGUAAUCGUAUAAUGCAAUGGAAAUGCAGUGUGUCGUAUGAUCAGAGCAAAACAAAUCCAGUGUGUUGUAAACUAUCUGUAUAUCUGUUUCACCACACAAUCUCUCAACUGCAAACUGUAAUUUUGAGUUGUGCAUGGCCUCUGUAUCUGUAUGAAUCUAGUAUUUAACUGCCACUUUGGAACAAAAGUUUUAAAGGGUAAUGUAAAUAAAAUGGAAACGUAUAUUUGUUUA